AUGAGAUUUGAAGGUGAAGAAGCUCCAGAGCAGAGGUUUACUGGAACUAUAGUUGGUAUUGAGGAUGCUGAUCCGAAAAGAUGGCCAGAAUCAAAAUGGAGAUGUCUAAAGGUGCGAUGGGAUGAAACUUCCACCAUUGACCAUUCCUCGCCAAAGAGGCCUCGAUCAAACAUCUUGCUAUCAUCUCCAGACUCUUCUGUCUGUACAAGGGAAGCUUCAUCUAAGAUAAUGGUGGACUCUUUAGCAGCCAGUGGUUUUCCUAGAGUCUUGCAAGAUCAAGAGUUUUCCACCUUGAGAGGCACUUUUGUGGAGAGCUAUAAGUUGGACUCUUCUGAAAAGCCAAUGUUAUGGCAACCUUUAUUAGAUGAUGAGAAGGUCGAUGUUUCCACAACCAGAAGAUGUGGAUCAGAUAAAAGGUUUCCUCUAGGAAGGCAAGAGUCAUCAUUCACAGAUUUCUUAUCGGGUUUUGGGACACAAAUCAAUUCCUCCCAUGAUUUCUGUAUGCCUUCUGGUGAUCAAGCAGGAGUUAUUGCGAAGCGUCUAAUGCAAGAGCAUGAAGGGAAAUUCAACUCAAUCAGAAACACGAGGUCUAACAUUCAUUCUGGUCUUUCCCUUAAUUUGAUGGAUUCUAGCAUUAAAACUCAUGGACAAGGGGAUAUGAGGUAUGGUGGUUUCAGACAGUAUUCCAUGCUUCCUGAUCAUAGAGCUGAAAAUUUGCCUAGUAAUUGGUUGAUGCCACCACCAAUUUCAUCUUAUCUCCAAACACCACCUGCUAUGUCUAGAGAGCUGGCGCCAAAGUCUUCAUUUCAGCAACAGCACAAUGGCGGGAAACCCAAAAAAGGGAACUGCAAACUUUUUGAUAUUUCCCCUAGAAGUAGCUCCAUUCCAAUGGAGCCUACAUUGCCACAUAUAAAUGCGUUAGCAGAUCACGUGCUUCUUGGGGUGAACUCUCACAAAUCCACUGCACUUGAAUCUAAUCAAAUAUCUAAAUUAGUUGAUAAUCAAUUUGCCAGUAGUGAGCAGGAUAAACAACGUCAAACCUGUGUUCCUGUUUCUAGCGAUGGGGAAGGCAAAGGCCAUUCUGGUUCAAUGAGGAGUUGCACCAAGCUUCAUAAGCAGGGUAUCGCCCUUGGUAGAUCUGUGGAUCUUGCCAAUUUCAACAACUAUAACGAGUUGAUUGCUGCAUUAGAUGAUAUCUUCGAAUGUAAUGGUGAGCUGAAUUCUAAGAAUAAGAAUUGGCUUGUGGUGUAUACUGAUGAUGAGGAUGAUAUGAUGCUUGUUGGAGAUGACCCAUGGGAUGAAUUCCGUUCCAUGGUUCGGAAGAUCUUAAUUUGUACAAAAGAGGAAGUCCAGCAGAUGAACCCAGGGACCUUUAUUUCAGAAGGAGAGGAUUAUUCAUCAGUUCUGGAAGGCUUGGAUGCCAAUGAAGAGAAGGAUCUAAUACGUCCUUCAACAUCAAGCCCAGAUGAUUGCUAA